CAUGUAAACCACGUGACCUGUGUUUACAUCCUCUCAGCUGUGUCUCUCUUCGACACAUCGGCUCGCGCUCACCAACUUCCUUCAGCCCCCGUUUCUUCUCGCUCGGACCAGCUGAACUGAACCCGUUGCAGCGGGUUCGUCCUCCUAGAAAAAGAAAAAGAGCAUAAACACGGAGGCUCCACUGACCGCCUGCGAGUCAACUGCCCCCGUCGCACUGCACCGAGCCUCCGGUUCCAGGCAGGCGAGUUAACGCGACGCGCACACGGCACCGUCACUUGCCGCCUGGACUAUGACCGCCGCGGUCUGAGCCGACGCUCGAGGAGUCCCAGCGGCUUUCAGGUCAGACGUCCGUCCCCCUCCUCCCCCAAUGUCACUCUGAGGAGGAGUGCGAGCUCGGCCCUUGUGUUUCUCUUCUCUCCUUCUUUUUUUUUUUUUUUAUUCGCCAUGGGCGGAGCCGUGAGCGCCGGGGAGGACAACGACGACCUCAUCGAUAAUCUGAAGGAGGCCCAGUACAUUCGCACGGAGAAAGUCGAGCAGGCCUUUCGGGCCAUAGACCGCGGCGACUACUAUCUGGACGGCUACCGGGACAGUGCCUACAAAGACUUGGCGUGGAAGCACGGCAACAUACACCUGUCUGCGCCGUGCAUAUACUCGGAGGUGAUGGAGGCCCUCAAACUGCAGCCCGGGCUUUCUUUCCUCAAUCUGGGCAGUGGGACCGGCUACCUGAGCACAAUGGUUGGCCUUAUCGUAGGGCCGUUUGGUGUGAACCAUGGAGUCGAGCUCCAUAAGGACGUGGUUGAAUAUGCCAGAGAGAAACUGGAUGAUUUCAUAAAGAAUAGUGACAGCUUUGAUAAGUUUGAAUUCUGCGAGCCCGCCUUCGUGGUGGGGAAUUGCCUGGAGAUCUCGACAGACAGCCACCAAUACGAUCGCAUCUACUGCGGCGCCGGGGUGCAAAAGGACCACGAGAAUUACAUGAAAGUGCUGCUCAAAGUCGGAGGCAUUCUGGUGAUGCCGAUAGAAGAUCAGCUGACCCAGAUAACCAGGACUGGCCAGUGCACAUGGGACAGCAAAAACAUCUUGGCGGUGUCCUUUGCCCCCUUGGCCCAGCCGAGCGUAGCCGACGGAGAGAAGCCCGACGCUGUCCAGCUGCCCCCGGUGACCGUGCGCGGCCUCCAGGAUCUGUCUCGGAUCCACAUCCGCCGCACUCUGAGGAACCUGGCCGACGACGGCGACGGCGACGGCCAGGGGAAGGGCGCCGUGCAGAGGGUUCCCCAGAAGCGCAAGCGCAGGCGUUGCCGCCGGCGACGCAUCAACACCUACGUCUUCGUGGGCAACCAGCUGAUCCCCCAGAUGGUGGAGAGCGAGGAGGAGGAGCACGCCGAGGAGGAGCACAAGGAAGUGGUGGUGGAGGAGGAGGAGGAGGAGGAGAGGGACAUUGGCGACAUUGAAAUCCUCAAGCAAGUGAACGCGUUGAGAGACCAGAUCAUGUCUCUACCGCUGCCCGAGUCUCUGAAAGCAUAUUUGCUGUAUUACAGAGAGAAAUGACUGAUUUAUUUAUCUUUAUGGGUGCAGCGGCGCCUGCUGAAACGCGUUUGUUCUUCACCCUUUUCAGUACACAUGUAGCAUUGGUUUUCCAUUGAAUCGGAAAGAGACGUCAUAGAUAGUGGAUGAUAAUGUUUUACGAUUGUCACCCGCUGUAUGAAUUUGUAUAUCCUCCUCCUCCCCCCCCCCCCCCCUGAAAAAAUAAAAAAAAUAAAAACAUAUGUAAAAAGUAGACUAAAUGGACAGUUUCAGAAACCCCAAUGUUGAGAUUCUGAUGUCGGAAAUGUGCAGAUUAUAAAUUGUAUAUGAAAAUAGUUUGUCAGAAUACGAUGAAGACCUUUUUUUUUUUUUUAUAGAAGCUUUAACUUUACUGUCGGGCGUCAAAAAGACACUGAAAGUCAAACAAGGCCACGCCCCCUUUUUUGUGAGUUUCCUGCAUAAUCAUAAAUUGGGAUCACUUCAGAUUUCUUUUUGGGUUUUUUUUCCCCCGGUCAACGUGUUUUGUAUCUUCCACGUUUACGAGAGACUUUUAUGGAUUCAUCUUUUUUUUUUUUUCUACAGGGUGCUCAUGUUUUUGCUCUCGUUGCAUUAUGAACACUGACGUCCUACUUGACAUGACGAGUUCUCGCCGGCCCCUCCCCUCUCCACGGUCCCCCGUCCC